AUGGAUCAGCAGAACCUCACCACCACAGUGACUGAAUUUAUUUUCUUGGGCCUCACUCAGAAUCAUCAGCUGAAGUAUUUUCUCUUUAUGGUCUUCUUCAUAGUUUACAUGACCACCUGGGUGGGGAACUUCACUAUCAUCAUCACAGUGAUCACCGACCACCGGCUCCACACACCCAUGUACUUCCUGCUGGCCAACUUGGCUUUUAUGGAUGUCAGUGACUCAUCGGUUAAUGCUCCCAACUUGCUGUCCGGUCUCCUCUCUCAGCGUAAAACUAUCUCCUUCAAUGAGUGCAUCCUCCAGAUGUUCUUCUUCCACUUCAUUGGGGGUGCAAUGGCAUUUUUUCUUGUGGGGAUGGCCAUCGAUCGGUACGUGGCCAUCUAUAAACCACUGAGAUACUUGAUUAUUAUGAACCAAAACAUGUGUGUGGGGCUAGCUGUACUGGCAUGGGUGGGUGGAUUGGUGCACUCUGCUGUUCAGAUGGGACUGCUCCUCCAGUUUCCAUUCUGUGGGCCAAACAUCCUGGACAAUUUCUACUGUGAUGUCCCACAGGUCAUCAAACUGGCCUGCGCUGACACCCAUGUAGUUGAACUGCAGAUGGUCUUCAAUGGUGGAGUACUGCUCAUAAUCCUAUUUAUCAGUCUGUUAAUUUCAUACACCAUCAUCUUAGUCAAGAUCAGGACACACGUUACAGAUGGCAAGCGUAAGGCUCUCUCUACCUGUGGAACCCAGAUUAUUGUAGUGUGUGUACUAUUCAUACCCAGCAUCUUCAUCUAUGCUCGACCAUUCAAGAAGUUCACCGUGGACAAGGUGGCCUCCAUCUUUUUCACUGUCAUUCCGCAAAUGCUGAACCCAAUGAUCUACACACUGAGAAAUGCAGAGAUGAAAAAGGCCAUCAGGAGACUGAUGAGCAGAAUCCUGUUCUCACGGAGGAAAUUAAAGACAAUUUUUGAAUGA